AUGGGGGGAGAACUGCGCAGACUUCCUUCGUCAUCGCCUUCUCCUUCGUCUCCUCCUUCUUCGUCUCCUCCUUCUUCGUCUCCUCCUUCUUCGUCUCCUCGCCGUUCUGCUUCUUCUCUCUCUGGUUCGCGUCGUAGCCUCGCGGACUCUCACGCGUGCACAUCGGUGAAGGGACAGCGGAGAGAGGAGCGGCGGCGCGCAAGGCUUCAACUUCUUCACACAGUGUUGGGCUUGCAGAGCUUGACAGCGGAGACUCUUGCGCUGAAAGCUGCUCAGUCGAGCCUUCGAUUCUCCUGUCCCUGCUCCGCGACUGCGCCAACGUCUCUCUUGUCCGCUUCAGCCUCCUCGACGUGUGCGCCGCCUUCAGCUGCGUCUCCUUCAGCGCCGUCUCCUUCCUCAUUGCCUCUUCCUUGCAGGUUUUCGGUUUUCGUCUGCCCGCACGAUGCGCUGCGUCGCGGAGCGUCGCGUCGCGCAUGCGCCUCGAGCGGCGCGUGCAGCGGGGCGGAGGCCGUGCCUUCCGCCUAUCGCCCAGAGGAGAAAGCCCGAAAGUGCUGCCGCGCCUUGUCGGGGAAUGCACUCGUUGACAAGGCCUUCGAGACGGUCGUUCUUCCGCUGCUGAAGAAAGUCGCGAAUGCCGCCCCCCUACCUCCAUGCUCCGCGGUUUCGGCGCUCCCGCGGCAGCGCCCUUGGGAGAGCGAGACCAAACCGGCCGCCGGAAGUCGAUCACACCGCAGCGAGGGCGCACGAGACGGCGCGGAACCAGACGAAGAGGAGGACUGCGAGGAGCGCGAGGACGUUUUUGUGCGUGCGGCGACGCUGAGAAGCCUCCUGCGAUUUGUCGCUGAUGUGCUCUCCGGCCGAAUAGACCGCGAGGCGCCAGAAGGGCUUCGUCGUCGCGCGCUUCGCCGAGUCGCUGAAAUCGCGUCCGUGCUUCUCUCUUUUCUCGGCGAACUCUCGUCUGCGUCGCCUGCAUCUCCCUCGAAGCCUCGGCGGCGCGUCGGCUCGACGGCCGUAGUCGUGAGGCCUCAGCUGGGCGCGCCUCCUUCUCACGCAGAGGCGCGCGACCGGCGUCGCCUCGCGCGCGUCCUGUGGCUGGCGAGAGAGGACUGGCCUGCGGCGCUGCUGGCGUGCCUGCAGACACUGGAGCGAUACUCCGCAGCCACUCCGGCACGCCUGGAGGAGGCGGAGGCCGACGAAGGACUCCACGCGCUCGCCGCCGCAUGGAGUGUGCGUCUAGGCACCUUCGCAGACGAGACCGUGCAGGGCCUGGCGCAACUCGGUGAGUCUCUGAAGAGGCGAGCGCCUCCGCGCGGCACGCCGCGGACUCGGCCUGCUCUGCCUCCUUCUCUCGCCCUCACAGCCGCGCUACCGCAGUCUGCAGCCGCCCCUGAGGAAGUGACGGCCGCGCCUCGCUCGGCCUUGCCUUCGGUGGCGGCGAGGCAAACGCCGGGGCCUGUGCUGUUUCCGCAGACCACUCGCACACUCGUCGCCUUGACUGGCAAGCGAGGCAGCCGCCGCGCAUCGCCCGCCUCGUCAGCAGCCUCCGCUGGGGCGUCCACGUCUCGCGCGCGGCGAGUCUCUCCGGCAUGCGUCGAGCCCGCGGUGCUCGCUUUGUUUCGCGAGCUGCUUCUCCAGCUCUUACCCCUCAGGCCGUUCCCGCGGGUCCCGUGCGUCUUCCGCAGUGUCGGCGCGCCGUCAAGCGCGCAGCGCGGCAGCGGCGCAGCAGAGGGCUUUUCUGCGUCUGUGGAUUGCUUCCCCGGCCUGCUCCCGCCUCCCUCUGCGUUUUCGCCUGCGCGUGCCGCCGCAGAGUCUUCUUUCUCGGCGCCGCGGCCCUGUGCUUCCGGCGAGCCGAUCCUGCCGUCGCCGCUGUCGUCCUUGGCGGUCGCGAGCUUUGCGCCAGAGUGGAGUGAAGAGCGACACUUGCUGUUCGCGACGUCGCGUGCACGCGCUGCUUGGACCGCUCAGUCCGGAGAGCGCGCCUCAGCCAGCGUGCGUCUGCAUCUCUGCGGGAUUGCCAUCGAAGGCGCCUUUGCACGCCUGCGACUGCUGUCGAGCCACGCGCAGACCCCCGCUGGAGCCUCGACCUCGCCGCGCGCGGCCCCUGCGCCUUCGUCGCUCUCGCCCCGAAAGCGCACGCGUGAGGACUGCCUUGGGUGCGGCGACCGCCGAGAGGAAGCGAGUCUGGAACGCGACAGAAACGUCCGCAGGAAGCGCCUGGAGACAGACGGCGAGGGGGACGGGGCGGGGGGCGACGGCCAGGCUCCGGCGUCAGAGGACGAGGACGGCGAAGGCCGUUGCGUUGAAGAGCGCGAUGAGGAGGCUCGAGUGGAAGAAGGAUGCCGCGCUACGGCUGCGUGGAUAAAGCUGAUCGUCCAGCUCCUAGGAGACGAAAGUGAUAGGGAUCGCGCCGACAACGACAGUUGGGAUCUGUCUUCCCCCGCCUGCUUGCGCUGGCGAGCUACUGAGCCUUCCGCGCUGGCGGUUUAUGCGACGCGGCUCAAGGCGCUUCUCCUCUCUCUUCACGAGACGUUGUUCCUGCCCGCAGUUUCUCGGUCUCUUCCGCGGCGCACGCAGAGCGCUACUCCGCCACGUUCGAAGCCAGUAGAAGCCGUUGUCGAAGCGCCUGGCGGGGAACCUCCCGAAGGACGCAGAGACCUUCUCGGGGUCGCUGCGGAGACACGCGGAGGCAGCUGCGGCUCGGAAUACUUUUGGCUCAUUCCGUCUGUCUUUCGAGAGCUUCUCCCUCUCGUCGUGCGCUUGCUCGCGGUGUAUUUGGGUAUGAUUGGGCAUCGGCGCGUCGACGGAGAACAGGCCGAACAAGACCAAGCGGCGGUGUUCCGUUUUCUCGAUUUCUGGGCUUCUGCGCGGUGCGCUCUCCACAGCGACGACGUGGGUCCGCUGUGGACGGUCCCGGCGGAAGCCCCGAGCGCGAUUCACAUCCUGCUCAGCGGCGUCUCCGACCCCGCGCUCCGCGCCGAGGUCUCACUUGCCAGCCCUCUUCUCCUUCUCGGCGUGGAGACCGAAGCGCCAGCCGAGGGGGAGGACACUCCCGCAGUCACUGUGAGCGACGACGCAGCCGCCACUGGAGAGGAAUCCCACGACCACGUGAAGGCGCGAACUGGAAGCGUUUCAGCUCUCACCGUCCUCGGGGCUCUACGGUGUGACCGCGACAACUUAACGCACUGUGAAAGGCUCCUCGGAAACGCGCUGGCGCUCGCUAACGAAGGGCAGCGACGAUCUUUCUUUGGGCUUCUCGAGCGUCGGGUGGCUGGUCUCCGCGCCUUGUCCCUUCGCGCUGGUCCUGCCUUCGAUUUGCUUCCCGAUCACCUCUCGUUCGCCUCGGCGCUGGUCUGGCUGGCGGGGCGGCUUUGCCGCUUUGCCGGUCAGACCGGCGAGGGCGACUGGAAAGCCGCCGAAGAGGAGAGCAGGCGAAGGACUACGCAGAUUCACGCGCGAGAGGUCGAAGCACUUGGAACAGGCGCUGUCGCGACAGCGGUCACCGCGACGAGAGAAUCCUUUUCCUCGUCGGUUCGCGAGAGCAUUCUCCAUAUUCUCUCUGCGGCGCUGCCGCGUGCGGGAGCAAAGCAAUUGCAGGCUGCUGGCGGUGCCUCUGCAUCUUCGGUUUUCGGCGAUGCCUCGGAGACUGACGUGGCCGCGUCGCUCUCCUCGCUGCCUCCACUCGCGAGCUCGCGUUUGCUUGCAGCGUGGAGGAUGACCCUCCUGGCCUCGUCGCCGCUUUCCUCGUGUGGCGGACCGACGGCGGCGGCGUCGAGUCCGGCUUCAGGAAUCAGCGGCCUCGCUGUUUCCGGCGGCGCUGACUCUGUCCCGCAGCCGACUCUCCGCAUUGUUUCAAGUUUUUCUGCCAUUCUUCGGCGCCAGCUCAUUGCAGAAGUACAGCAGUUCCUCCUCUCUUUCCACGCCUCAGACCUUCGCCGCGAGCGCGUCGCCGACGCCGUUUCGGCAGGCCUCUGUGAGCCGCAGGGCGUCGCACCCGUUUGCCCCUUUCGCUCUUCUUUAUCCCGAAAGGAGUCGCCCAGCGACGGAGACGCCGACGACAGCGAGUUCGCCCACGCGUCAUGGCGGGCGCGCCUGCGCUCCUCCGCCACUGAUCAGUUUGAAAGAGUCACAAUCCUGCUAAGGGCGACCGUGGAGGACGUGACAACACCUCUCGGUGACCGCCUAGACUUCCUCAUGUGGGAGGUGUUCCCUGAGACGCACUCGCGCGCAGAGGCGGCGCCGCCCGCGCAGUCUUCGUGGGGGUCGCGCCCGAGGCCCUCGCGCGCCGCGGCUGUCGCUCGAGCCGCAGGGGCGCUGAGCAGCGAAGACCGCGGAGAGAGCGACGGGCUGGAGGAGGCGGCCGGGUUUCCGGCGAGCGCGUCCGCUUCCUCGCUGCUGCAGUACUGCGUGGUCGCGGCGAUCGCUCAGCUGCAGCACGCCCGCGUCGCGGCGUCGCUGGAAACAGCUGCGAGCGGGGGGAACAACAGCAAAGGAGCUGGCUCAGGCGAUGCGGAGGCCGGCACAGACGAGAACGCGGAGGGCAACGCAGAUGGCGACGCGGAGGGCGGCGGGGGAAGAGGAGAGGCGGCGGGGAGACGGAGUGAUUGGAUCCGACCGGGAGCCAAAGAAGAGUGGCGCGCAGACGCCAAUGCGCUCGCAGCGUUCCUGAGCUUGUUGACUCUCCCUGGCGUGGCCUCUCGCUCGACGCUGAGUCUCGCUCUGUCGCGGCUCUUCCCGGUCCUCGUUCUCCUCACUUCGCGAGGCGCAGAGGGCUCGCCGCCGGCUUCGCGGCUGGCACAAGGCGUUGGCGACGCGCGCCGCCGUGCCCAUGCAUCGGCGAGCCGUCCCGCCUCAGCAGCUUCCGUUGCCGUCUCUUCGUCUCAACGCUGCGCCGGUGCGUCAUCGCCGCCUGCGUUGCCGCCGCCGUCUGCGUCGCCCCCGUUCGGCGGCGAGUGCUCGUCGUCUCUGCAGCCGUGUGCACGACGCCCCCCGUCUGACUUCCUGCUCGCCGAGGAGACGGUACACGCGCUUUGCUCUGCGGCAGGCGUGGACCCCGGAGAGGGAAACGACUGCGAGCGCUGCAGCCCGACGGAGCCCUGCCCGCCGCCUUUCGCCUACGGCCUUUGGCUCGGGCUCCUUGGUCAGGCGGAAGACGCCACAGAGCAGGUCGACGCUGCAGACAGCGAACGCGGAGGCGGGCUCGACAGACUCUGCGAGGAUGGCUCAGGCGCCGAGUGGCGCCGCGCCUUCAGCGUCUCACUGUCUGCCGCAGAGGACACGCCGACGCUGCCGACGCUCUGCCCCUGCUGCAGCGACACGUUCGCGGCUGCCAGCGCGAGCGCAAGUUCCUUGUUUCCUGCUCCAGGUUCUUCCUCGUCGGCUGCGGCGGCGGCUGCGCUUCUCCCGGCGCAUGCUGCCGCGCCGCAUUUGUCUCUGUUCGCGGCUGGCGGAAGGAGUCCGCAGCCGCGUCCCUCGCGAGCCUUUUCGUCGUCGGAGGCUUUUGGUCGCCAAGUGUCUCCGUCUCCGGGACACUGUUUGUUUUUAGAUCCUUCCUCUUCUCUCUCGGCUGCGGUCGCCCGCUGCUCGAAAUGCGAUGUCUUGAUUCCGCUGCUUCCUCCUCCUCUCGUCCUUUCCCCGCUGCAGCAGUUGCGAAUCCCCGUCUCGCCGCGCGCGUCUUGUCGCGCCUCGGACUCCACUUCUGCAGCGGCGUGUGUUUCUGUGGCUGCACUCGACGGGCAGCGCCUCCGUUCGCUGCUGUUGCUUCUGUGCGCCUUAGUAUCGUCGUUCCUUCAUCUCGCCCCGUCGCAUCCUCUGCACGCGUCGCUCGAGAGCCUGGCAUUACCUUCAUCGUCUUCGCCUCGCGCUUCCUCCGCGUCUCAUUCUCUGUCUUCGGCCGCCUCAACCUCUGCUGCGUCGGCGCCCGGCUGCGUGUCGCCGGUGCUGCCCUUCCCUGCAGAGGCGCGCGCGGGUCGUCCUGCGGGAGAGGAAAGAACUCUUACGAGGCAGCAGGCGGCGUUCAGCGCGUGGCCUUCGGCUUUCCUCCGUGACGCGCGGACGCCGAGGGAGGCGCCGUCGCCGAUCGGCUCGCGGCAGUGGGUCCUAGAACGCAGAGACGAACAGGACGGGAUUGCCGCCGCGCUGCUCCCCGUGCUUCUCCUAGCCUCGAGGGACGCCGCUGCUUUCCCGCUCGACGCUUCGUCUCCUCGCCGCCUCGCGUCGCCACCUUCAUCCUCUCUGUCCACGGCAGCCGAGGCGGAAGAAGGGAGACGCGAUGCUUCAAACCCCAAUCUGCAUCGCUGCGAAGCCGAGCGCGUGCAAGCCAGCUGCGGCUUCCGACUGCUGCAUCUCCUGCGCCUCGCCGUGCGGACGCUCUCCUUCGCGGCUCUCCCGCGGCUCUUCCCUCCGAUCUCGUCGCUGACCGCUGCCGCGUCCACCGCAGGCGCUGAGACGGACAGCAGUGAGCGUCCGUCUCUCUGCAAGCGGCCGCGCGCCUGCGAAGACGUCGAGCUCCACGCGCAGCAGGCGAAGCGCCCUUCGACCGCUGGAGACAAUGAUGGCGACGAAUGGCCGUGGCUGCUGCCCGAAGAAGGGGGUGGGUCGCCGGAAGCUUCGCCGCGUUCCGCGCCCCAACAGAUUCUGGUAUCGGCGGUGCGGACACGUGCCUCUUUUCUGUCUUCGCUGCUGCUGCCUCUUCUCCAUCCUGCGCCCUCGGGACCGCCUUCAUCUUCAUCUGCCACGUCGUGCCCGCUGUCUCCAAGCGCAGCCUCGGGGUGCGACGCCGGCUGCCUCUUCCGACCUCUGCUGCACGCGUUCGUGCCUCGCCUGCGGCUGUCCCUUCUGAUUGGAGGCAGCGUCAUGCGCCUGGCGAAGUGCUUCGCUCUCGCGGACUCUCCGCUGCAGGCAACAGGCAACGACGCAGAAGACGAUGCGGCGAUGGGCGAGGUUGUUGAAGACGAAGAAGACGUCGCGUCGGGGGGAAGCGAUGCCAUCUGCGUCUCGUGCUGCGAGGGCGUGCACAAGCGCCUUCGUCGUGCCCAGUACGCGGUGCGCCAGCAGAGCCUCGGUGGCGUUUCGUCUUCCUUGUCCGCUCCCUCUGCGUUGCGGGCAUCUCCGCCUCCUUCCGCCUCUCACCUUCCGUGUUCGUCCGCCUCAUCGCCGUCGUGGUGUGUCUCCGCUGCGGACUCUGAAGGGCUUCUCGGGCUCAUCGUUUCCUUGGCCUUCGCUGCCUCCGGCGGUGGACUCCCUCCGUCGGUCUCUGCAGCCUCGUCGCCUUGUUCAGUCUCGCAGCAGACAGAGAGGGCAGGCGUCGAGGCACGCGUGAGCCAUUCCGGUUCGUCGCCGUCCCUCCUAGUGUUGGGCGAAGUCCUCCAACAGGGCCGUACGGCGGCCGUGAGCUGCCUCGACCCACGUGCGGUUGUCUGUCCUGGGCUCUCCGCGGCGCAGCAAGGCGAUAUCGGCAGAGCCCUGGCCCUCAAGUCGCUUCGCCUCUGUCGAAGACCGAGCGGAGACCAGUCCGCUGCGGCGACGCACGCAGAAGGCGCGCUCGCCUCGCGCCUGCCCUCCAGCUGGCUGCCUCCCCUGGCUCCGCCGUCACUCGAUUUCCUCCUCCUCUCGCCCGCGCGCUGGUCUCCAUCGUCCUCGUGCAACAGUCUGCUGGCGGUUGCGCCGGAGGGACGAAGCGCUGGGUCGUUCUCUUGCGAGUCGUCGUUUGCCUCCACCCGGAGUUUGUAUUCCCAGGUGUCUCGCCUGCUCUCUUCCUCGACGUCCGCCGCUCUUUCGAGUCUCUCACUCAGUCAGCUAAAGCUCGGUCUGGCGCUCCUAUACAUGGCUGCGUGCACAAGCUCGAGGGCCGAUGGCGCGUCCUCAGUGCCUUCUUCGUUCCCUCCGCCUCCCUCCGCCUCUCCUUUCCCGUCGUCGUUUUCCGCGGUCACCUCUCGCGCGGUGCCAGACGACCGCCGCGCCGGCGCUGCGUCAGACCAUGUCUCGCCGUCAGCCCUCUCCGUCUCUUCUUCUCGCUCCGCGGGCUUUGCGCUCCACGCGCUCUCGGCGCUGUUUGGCAGCCUCAGCGGGCUGGCGACGGGGCCUGCGGCGUUCGGCGCCGGCGCUGCGCACGCCGAGGAGGCAUCGGCGAGCCCGCCGCAAGAGGACGGCCGCGCGGUGGACGUGCUUUUUUCUCUCUUCUUCUCGCCCGAGAUCUCGCGCUCGACUGCGCGCAUGCGGACGCCUGCAGGGCUCUCUGGGAGCUUCCCGCCGUUUUUCUCUCGCGCAGCGCCUUCCGCCGCCCCAGGCGGCGGCGCGUCGCCUUCUGCGCUGUGGCGACGCUGCUGUCUCCUCUUGCUCCUUGGACCCGCGACGUACGCGCGCAUUCUCCAGAGUCGCAGGCGCCGCAUGGGCAGCCCAGACCACUCGCUCUUCGGCUCCGUGGCUGCGUUUUGUGCGCGGCCGCCGCCUGUGCGGCAUGCUCCGCCGCGGUCAGGGUCUUCAGAUGCGUCUCCUCCGCCGUCCGCGUGUGGUGCGUCGUCUGCGCUUGCUGUGCGAGUUGCGGAGGACUUGGAAGACCAGUUCCUUGCGCGCGCCCUGCUGCCGUGUUUUCUGCUUCAUUCGGACUUCAAUUUGCGUGCGAUCCGCGAGAGCACGGGUCUGUACGCCUCGUCCGCCUUCGACUGGAGUUACUACCUGUCCGUCUUCCUCUUUCUCUUCUGUCCGCUGACGCCUCUGGUCCGUGGACAGCCGCCUCGGCUGCGUGGCGCAGGGCGUUUGGAGGCGCACGCUGCGGGCGCCGAUGAGCUUGAAGCGGGAGCCAGAAGCGGAGGCAGCCACGACGCGGCGCCCGAGAACAGAAGUCACUCUGCGGCGGUCUCCACCUUCGCAGCGCUGCUGCAGCUUGCCACCGAGGGCCGUUGGAGCGCGCACGCGCGCCCCGGAGCGGAGACAAACUCGGUUGCGAGCGACGCCCCCGCCGCGUCGGCGUGUACACGGAGAGCCGCCGGGGGUGCAGCAACGCACGCGCAGGAGAUGGAGGCAGCAGCGGAGGCAGGGAAGGAUGCGGCUGCUUCGGAUCUCGGCAGUGAGUCGGGCCUAAACUCCGCGAAGGCCUGCUUUUCUGUCGGGCGGCAGGAGGGCGAAGGCGCGAAGAAAUCCUGGAAGAAGAGAAAGGCUCUCUUUGACGCGUGCGACCGCCUCCUUCUCCUCACUCUCGUCAGAGUUCUCUGGGUGCUCGCCAAGUGCUGGAACCCAUUCGCCUCAGAUGAAGAAUCGCAACGCAGGGUGCGUGUUCGCGCGUGCGACGGCGACUGUGUCGUCUGCCCAGCCCCCGCCCAUCAGCGGAGCCCGAUGUCGUCGGCUCGCGCCACUCAGAUAUCAUCUCGUCCUCUCCUUUCGGCGUGCCGCCCGCCCCGGGACGGAGGCGACGCGCUGGAGAUGUGGCGGGCGACCGCGCAGGCGUGGCUGAAGGCGCACUUUUCGCUUCUCCUCCGCGCGCGGCGCCUGUUGUGCGCGUUGCCUGCAUGCGCGUCGCCCGCGAGCGCAGAAGAGGACGCCCGACAGACGAAGCGAAGCACGAGAGACGAGACCGAAGGCCAGCGAAGCGCGAGGCGGCCCGCGACAGAGCUCCGUGGAGAGCGAGGCAGCGCGCGGUUGGCUGUCGUGCACGAAGAAGACGUUAUGGAAGUGGAGCAGGAAGAUGAAGACGAGUUUGGGGCGGCCGCCGGAGCGAGUGGUGUAGGCAACCGCAAGCACGGGAAAGAAAGUGGAAUCGAGGCGCAGUCGAUGACAUCUUCGUCCGCUGGCGUGUAUCCCGGAGAGGAGAACGAAGACACGACGGCGUCAGAUGGCUGUUCCCUGCGCGUCGAUGAUUUCGUGACUUGUCAUCUUCUCGAGGUUGAAGAGCUCCUGCUGCACUGUCUGUUCCCCGCGUUUCCUCUGCCCCCCGCCACUCGACAGUACCUGACUAACUACCUCUUCUUGUUCGCCUCGCCCCGCGAUCUGUCGCGCUUCUUCGUCUCGCUGCUUCUUCCCUGCCGCGCCAUCCUCGCCGCGGCGCAAGCUGCCGAGCAGGCCAGCGGCUGCCGGAGGAGCGCUGAGGCCUUCGCGGCGUCGAGCGAGACGCACAGGCGACUUGCGCCCGCCGAUGCUUCGUCCCCGUCAGCGUGCCUGCGGACGCCGAGUCUAGUUUGGUCUGAGGAGGAGAGACGCGAAAGCGAGAAGCAGCUCCGCGAAAUUCUCGCCCUCGCGCUCGACAAAGAGACCGGCCUGAGGGCGCUUUACUUGUCGAUGUCUUGCGCGCACGGCGGGCUCCUGGGAACGCAUGCAGCGCGUCUCAUCGAUAGUCUUCGCCACGCAUUUGAACAGUGCAAACAGCAAGUUGCUCUCUAUUCCGGUAUUUGCGCGUUCUCAUCCCGUACCUCCCUGACUCGCCACGCCGUUUCGUCAUCCUGUAUCGGUCUGCUGGCGUCUCUCUGCCCUCCGUCCACUUCCCGUCUGUGCCGCGGGGCCCGGGGUGUCUCUUGUGCGUCCGAGGAAGGCGUCUGCCGCACCUUAUUAGGUGCCUUCCGGCUGCUGUUCCUCUCCUUUUCUCCGUCCACGCUGCUCUUCUACACGCCGUUCUUUCUCUACACCCUGGGCGAAGUCCGCGGCACAGGCGUGCAAGGCCCCGCCCCAGCCGCAGGCAUGCGCCGCCAUCGGCGCGGCCUCGUUGCGCGAGGAUGCAACGAAGGCGCCCAGUCCGGGGCAGGAGAGGACUGGCGUGUCUCUGCUCGCCACUCAGAGGAGGCGAGCAAUGACGCCUCCGGCGCGAGGUGUCGACCCUCCCGCAGGAACUUCGAAACGUGGAAGCAGAGCGAGACAAAACGACUGCUACUGCUCCUGAUUCGGCGCGCAAGUCAAGCCGUAGGGGCAGCGGGAGAGCUGCCGCCGUCGGCGCUCUUUGCGGCGCUUGCGUGCGCGCCGGUGUUUCCGCGCUUCGAAGAAGGCGAGGGCGGCCGAAGGCCUGAAGGCAGCCAGAGCGGCCGGUGCGUGCCCGUUGGAGAAGACACAAGCGAGGCGCGAAGGCAACCAGUCGGGGAAGAUAGCGGCGGCGAGGAGAGCGACGACAGUUGGAUGCCUGAAGAAGGCCUUCACAACGACAGCGUGAACGAUGCGUCGUUUACCGUUGACGCAGCCGCUUGGGACGGCAUGGAUCCGACGUCGCUUUCAUCUCUGCUUCCUCUGUUUUCUCUCCUGCCGUCUUUCUUCUUCGCCCCAGCCCACGCAGCCGCCUCGCCCUUGAGAGGGCGAGGGGGACCGACUUCUGCGGCCGAGGGGUUUCCGGCAUCUCUCCGGCGCGACGGGACGUGCAUGCGGAAACCAUUCCGCAUGCACGAUGGCGCGUGGAGUGCGGGGCGUUGCUCGGCCUUUCGCGAGGUUCAGGGCCGCUUUCCGCUGGAGCUCCUUGCGCUUCGCAUGACCUGCAUCGCGGCCUUCCUCGACGACCUGCAUCCGUAUCUCACGCGCCUCGCGGCUGCGCUCCUCCUCCAGAAAUUCCUCACCGUCUACGGCGGCGCCCUCGUCGGCCUCGUGCGCGCCGCGAGCGCGAGCGCAGAAAUGGGCGGUGGGUGCGCGGAAGGACACGGCGCUCCGGGGGAGAGUGACAAACGGGCUGUGGGCGAGGCGGGCGAUCUUGCAACAAAGCGAGAACGCGAGCGAGCCGCUCUCUUCCUCUUUUCGAAGGUUGCUGAGACUUGUCAGGCCGUGGUGGCAGAGUUCUCCGACGACUACUCGAUGGAGCCGAAGGCGCUGCCGGUCGCCUGCGUCGCUCUCCUUGGCCUUCUUUCGCCCCUCUCAUCCCUUGCGGUUCCUGUCCCUGCGUCCGCUCCGGCGCGGCUGCUCGCGCUGCCAGCGGACGAAAAGGGCCCUGCGGUCUCUGCGGCCGCUGUGGCGCUUCUCGCGGCUUCCGCGCCCGAUCCGAGCGCCUCGCCGCCGAGCGGCAGCGUGUCGCCGGCGCUUGUGUCGCCGUCCAGGGGCUCUCAGUCGCUCUUCUCGCCCUCGACGUCAUCGUUCGCGUCCUCCUUCGCGCCGUCAGGGAAUUGUCCGUGGAGAAUCAGCGACGAAGCCAAGCUCUGCUGCGAACUCCUCGAGCGCGUGCUCCUGUCGCACCUGCAGCUGCCGGUCGCCGCGCGCUCCGCUCAGGAAAUCCUUCGCGUGAUGGGCUUCCACGUGCACUCAGAGCCUGGACGCCUCCAACUGAUGUUCCCAACACUCGUGGCGAUGUUUCAUGCCGAGCGCAAGGCGGCCUCGCCUUCUCCAAGCCUUCGGUCAACGUCAGCCGCAUCCUCGUGGCGCGGCGUGUCGCCCCCCGAUUCUUCCGCCGCGUCGCCGGCGCAUGCGGCCGCUCAGCCAGCCUUCUCGAAUCCCUUCUCGCCCGCCGCGAUGGGAGCUCUGCUUCGCUUCCCUGCGAACGCUUUAGGACUUCGCACGUCUUCAUCCUCCUGCGCAGACGAAGAGGCCGCGCUCCGCGCUUACCUCUGGCGGCGGGUCUUCCCGCCCCAGGUGCGCAUAGAUCUCCUGCCUUACUGCUUCACCUCGUACGAGCGAACGAGCGCUUCUUUCUCCUAUUCCUCUGCUUACUCGUUUUCUUCGUCUGGUCUGUCUUCCGUAGCCUCGCCGGCGGGCGACGCUGCGCGGAAAGCGGGAACGCAGUUGAAGAGCGGCCGAGCGGCGCGACGCGACGCCGACGAAAGCCCACACUCUGCGGCGAAGGCGCCGAGGAAAGCCGUCUCUGGAGGCGCAGGAGGUUCGUCUGUGGAGUCCGGUUUGCCCGCGUUUGUCACGUGGCUUCUGCGGCUCCUCCACCUGCAGCAGGAGGCUCGGGAGGAAGCUGAGCGCCUGCGAGAGCGCGACGCGGCGCUUGCCGCGGCGGAGGCGAGGAGGCGCGAGAAAUCUGCAGAGGUCGCAUCCAGCCAGAGGAAACGCGGGCGCUCGCUGAAGAAGUCGCAGAUCUCGUCGCCGCCUUCUGCGCCAGUUGCGACGCCAGCCCGCGAUCAGAAGCCCGAAAUGAUUUUUCUCUCUUCUUCGUCCUCUUCGUCGUCGUCGGAAGAGGAGGGCGAAGAUGAGCUCGUUGGCGCGGGUCGGAGGCGCGAACGAGAUGACCGGGGGUCGGCGCCCGCCACGCGGCGCAGCCUGCUGCGCCUGGCGAUAUUCCGUGCGUGCGACGUCGUCCUGCUUCAGCUGCCAAAAGUCCUCUCCUUCCUGCUGCCUCACAUGGUGGAUGCCUUCCUGUCCUCCGCUGCAGACCCGCUGACGGCUGCCGAGGAACUCGCUCAACGGAUUUCCCUGCUGCUGCGCUCCUCGCUUGACGGCGGCGCCGGCGGCCGCGAGCGCCCUGACGCCUCCCCCCCCCAGACCCCCGAGACCCAGGCCGCAGGCCGGGCGGGGGUGGCCGCGGCGCCCCGAGCCCGCAGCGGCGGUGACUCGACCCCGCGCCCAGGCGAAGGCGCGGCUUGCGCCCAAGAGGUGGACGCGCAGGCGGACGCGGAGGAAACCGUCCGCCGCGGCGGCUGCAGGCCUGGCUUUGGCAGGCGGGAGAGUAGCGACAGCCACGCAACCUACCAGAUGCUGCAAGCGUGGCGCAGCUGGAUCGCCUCGCGCGCCCUUCCUCGGUUCACCGCGCGUCUUCGUGCACUCAACGAGGAGCUCAAAGCGCUCCAGGUCGUGAUGGCGCCUUCGUCGUCGCCCGCGUCACUUGGUGCUUCGUCUCCCGGCUCGGCUGCCUCGCUCGUCUCUCUGGUCUCGCUCUCGGGGGCUGCGCGCGGCGCCGACGAGGCCAGCCGCGAGGAGGAGCAGAAGCAGAAGGCCCUUCUUCUGUCGCGGUCGAUUCAGAAGUACCGCAUGCAGGAACAGAGACAGAAGGCACUUCUCCAGGCGCUCGGCCGCCUCCUCGAGAGCGUCGACCCCAUCCUGCUUGCUCGCGCCGCUGUGAGCUGUGGCGCGUUUGCGAGAGCGCUCUACUGGGUGGAGGCUGCCAUGGCAGCGGACGUGUUCAGCCCGCUUUACCGUCGCACGAGUCUGGGCAUUGUCGGCCUCCCGUCUGCUGUCUUUGCCUCGUUUUCUGUCCCCGCGGCCCAGGCUGAAGCAGUGCGAAAAGCGUUGCCACCGGCCUCGACUGCGGUUUCGAAUGAAAAGAAAGGUGAAGCGUUCUUCUUUUCCUGCUUCCCGCUCCUGGUGAGCAUCUUUCGGGGCCUCCACGCGAGCGACGCGCUCGUAGGGCUCCUCGAGACGCGCAAGGGUCUCUCGUUCGUCGGCGUCGGCGCCCACACGUGCUCGCCUCGCGCGUCUCCUUCUUCCCUCCCUUUCCCCUCCGCUUCCCCGUCUCCGUGUCCGGCGUCGUCGGGUGUCUCGCCAGGCACGAAGACGGGCGACGCAGAGAGCGAGCGCGAGAAGAGCGGAGACUGCCGGCGAGAGCCGACUGCGCAGAGCGUGAAGGGCGCGGGGCAACCGGCGCCGCGAGCCGAGGAGCUCCGUGUAGAGAUGGCGGAUGCUGGUGCAGAGAACGGCGGACGCGAGGACGGAUACCUCAGCUCCACCACGGAGGAGGGGGAGACCGACGCAGACGAUCUCUUCGCGUUCGACGCCGACUCAGCGCAACUCGCCGGUGGAGACUCGCACCUCGACAUGUGCGCCAUCGAAAAGGAGUUCCAGAAGCAGUGGACUGAGGCCGCCACGCUGUAUCUCGAAGGAGCUCCGUCUGUCGGCGCGUUUGCGCCUGCAUCCGGCGCUCGUGCGGUCGCGGCGAGGAGAUCUCCGCCGGCGGCCGGCGCCCCUGAAAGGGCCGCAGGGCGUGGGCUCGGCGGCGCCGAGGAGGACGCCCGCACUCCUCCCGAAGAGAUUCGUCUCCUGUCGCCAGCGGCUCACUGGAGCGGCUGGUUCCGCUGCGUCGCGCGCGCGGGCCCUGCAUGCGCCUCCGGCCUCUGGCCUUCGAUCGAAGAUCUGCUGCUGUCUCUCUCCCCAGAGCUUCGAGGGGUGCUGCGUGACGCGGGCGACGGUGGCGCAGAGCGCCGUCGAGGCAGUGGAUGGCGGAGCGAGGCGGAGCCGCGCACGCGGGAAGGUCGGCGUCAACCUGCCUGGGCCGCGACGUCGCUCGCGUCGCUUCCCAGCGAGUUGCUCGCGGACGCGGCCACUGCGUGUUGGAGCCUGGAGAAGUGGAGCGACCUGCGUGUGCUCCUGCUGGCGGCCUCAGCUUCGUCGUCUCUGGGCUCCUUCGCAUCGUCUCUGUCUCCUUCGCCCGCACGCGCGGCGCGGCCCUCGAACGCGGUCGAGAGCUGGCUCUCUCUGCAGCAUGCGCAGCUUCUCUCGUUCGUCCAGCAGGCGUUCGCUGCCAAGCCGGAGUCGGCGUUGCUGUGCUCCCACGCGCUUCGGGGCGUGUCGCGCCCGCUCGGCGCAGCCCUGCGGGAGAGCCCGGAGCGCGCAGCCCCUCUGCUGCAGAGUAUCGCGGCGCUGUGCGAUUGCUCGCUCAUUCUCGAAAGCGCCGGUCUGCCCCUUGAGCUGUGCGCGGCCUCGUCCUCCACGCACUCUGCCUCGAUCUGCGACGACGAGUGGAUUCAGGCCGACGCCGGCGGCGCGGCGUUCGACGCGCCAGUCGCGUUUGCAUCUGCCCUCCGCCUUCCGCCGAGUCUUUCGCGGCAGCUGUCGGUGGCGGCGCUGCUGCAGCAGAGGGCCGCGCUCACAUUCCAGCCUCCCUCGCUGUCGACCGCGUGCGCGUCGCCGGCGGGCGGCGCCGCGUCCUGCUUUGAGUCCUUCCACGCCGUGUUGAGCGCCAGCAAGGUCGCGCUGGAGCAGACGCAGCAGUUUGUUGCCGCGGCCUGCGUCGCCGUCGCGCUCCGCGAAAGGGAGAGAGAACUCCGCGCUUCGCUGCGCCACCUCCCUGGGCUGCUGCAGUUCCGCGCCCAAGACCUUCGCUGCGUCGCGCAGCAGGCCGCCCUGCUCGAUGCGACGCAGCGAAGACUGGGAGGGAACGCUGCCUUCGACGAGCAGCGAGAAGCCGAGGUGGGCGUCGUGAAGGAACUCCUGUAUCGCAUGCAGGUCCAAGGUGCGUUGCAGCUUCUCAACCAGGGUCAAGUGCCCGAGGGACUGCAGGCGUUGAGUCGCCUCUCGGCGUCGUCGUCGCCUUCGUCUUCCUUCUCAGCGUCGCUCUUUCCCUCGCCUGCGCCCUCUGCGCUCCUUCUCUACACUCAAGAGGCAACCAAGCGGCUGCUGCUGCCGCCGCAGGGAACGAUUGCAUGCUUCGAGCAGGCUGUCCGCCAACAGCCGCAGAGCGCGGCGGUGUAUUUUCAGUACGCGCUCUUCAUCGAUUCCCUCAUUUCUGCGCGAAUCGAAGAAGAGACGGCCCGCCCGCCCGCCCUCGCGACGCCCCUGAGCGCCGCGUCGUCCUUGUCGCCGUUCCCCUCUCUCGCGCGGAGCGGCGAACGGGGGUCACGAGGCGCCGAGCCCUUCAGUGGAAAUGAUCAAACGAGUCUGCCUCUCCCGUUCCUGGUCUGCGAAGCGGUUCGUUUGUACCUAAAGUGUCUCUCGUGCCUGUCGGCGUCAGCUGCGUCGGGUUCGCUUCCGGCGGCCUCAGGCGGCCACGCUGCGCCGCGUGCGGAGGCGGCGUCGCUGCACCAUCACCAUAGCCUCCACCGGAUCUGCGCGUUGCUUUUUACCUUCUCGACACCUGCGACGUUCAUUUCGCCGCACACGCGCCUCGACCGGGCGACGUGCGAGGCCUACGCGGCUCAGCUCUCGCGGCUGGUGCGCGAGGCGAGCGACGAGGAAGGCGUGAGCCUGCCACUGUGGCUGCCGGUGCUCCCGCAAGUCGCGUGCCGCUCGCAGCAUCCGCUGCUCGGCCGCGACGUCUGUCAGGGGCUUCUCGCGAAGCUCAUGGCUGCCUUCCCCUGGCGGACGAUGUGGGCAGUCGUCAGCCUCGCGAACUCGGUCGCCCGCGAGAAGGAGCGACGCGAGAGCAUGCUCCAGACGCUCGAGGCCAUCGUCGCCAAGGCUGUGGAGAUUCAGAGGCAAUCCUGUGGCGGGCUCACGCGGAGCGCCGUUCCCGUCCUAGACGUGUACCGCGUCGCGACGGUCUUCGUUCGCGAAUUCCACCGCGUGGCGAUGGAUGAGGCCAUACGCAAAGAAGACGCCGCGCAUGCAAACCUCAGAUAUCCUGAGCUCUACGCCAUGUUUUCCUCCUCGUUCGGAAGCUUGCCACGCGUCGCCCUGCCCACAGUCGCCAACCUGCGCUUAGCGCCGGGCGAGGUCCGCGACGAGGCCGCCUCGCUCGUGACGGUUGUGUCCCUCUCCCACGAAAUGCAGGUUUUCCCGAGCAAGCAGCGCCCCAAGAAGAUCACAGUUCUUGGUAGUAACGGCCACGUAUAUUCGUUCCUUGUCAAAAACGAGAGACACGGCGAUCUCAGGAAGGAUACACGGACUAUGGACCUCGCGGAGAACGUGAACGCGCUGCUGGCGCACGACCCUGCGUGUCGCGCGAAAAACCUUCGGCUGCGGACGUUCUGCGUCAUGGCUCUGAGCGAGGUCUCGGGAAUGAUUGAGUGGGUCGACGGCAUGACGACCUUGCGGCGCUCUGUCUCCUCGCUCUACCAAGAAAGCCUUCCCGACUUUGCGCAGCGCUCCACCGAGUUCUUCCGAGCGUUUCAACGCGCGCAAGAGAAACGAGACUACGCCGAGUGCUACCGCGUCUUCACGCACCUCGGGCUGGGGCGCUUGCCGCCGGUCAUGCAGCGACUAUUUUUCAACUGGUUCAAUGAAGAUCCUGCACGCUGGUAUCGCGCGCGACAGAAUUACGCCCACACGCUCGCGCUCUGGUCGAUCUUCGGUUUCAUCAUUGGCCUCGGUGACAGGCAUGGAGAGAACAUUCUCCUCGACACCGCGGACGGCUCGGUGAUGCACGUGGACUUUGACUGUCUCCUCGAGAAGGGACGAAGUCUGCCUGUUCCCGAGGUCGUCCCGUUCCGGCUCACGCAGAACCUCGUCAGCUGCCUCGGAGCAACAGGCGUCGAGGGGCCGUUCAAAGUCGCGGCCGUCGACGCCAUGAGUGUGGCGAAGCAGAACCGCGAAAUCCUCAUGUCGAUUUUGAUGAACUUUGUGCAUGAUCCGCUGGUUGAGUGGCGGCAGGCUGGCGCGCGGCACGCGCAGCUGCAGCGGAAGGGUGCGUCGAAGGGGGGGGGCAGCUCGUCGCAUGCGUCCUCUCUGAAGGAAGGUUGGGAGCAGAUUGCGUACGAGAGCUUGGUGGAGAUUGACUACAAGCUCCGAGGCGGCGUGGGCGGCACCGUGCGGCCGCUGCCUUCGCACUUCCCGGCGGGCGUCGCGGCUGCCGCGGAGCGCGGCGACUCCGGCGCGCGUAGGGGCGACGCACGCGACCGCGGUGAGAGCUCUGCGGGAAAGAAAACCAAGCGAAAGGAAGCGAAAGACGAGACAGCAGACGAGCUGCUCGGCGCAGGGGCCUCCUCGUCGCUUCCCGUGCGAGAGCAGGUCGAGGCCGUCAUCCAGUCUGCGAUGCGCCUUCAGAGUCUCGCGCGGAUGUAUGUCGGCUGGGUGCCGUGGCUCUAA